CUGGCGGGCGGUGCUUGGGCGCGGCGGGAGGGCGGGCGCCCCGACCGUUGCCAGCUGAGGCGGCGAUCGCCGUUACUCGGCGUUGAGCUGAGGCGAUGCGCGGUGCCGCGGCGGGCGUCGCGAAGUGAAGAAGCGAAGCCGCCACCGCCGCCGUUGUCCCCCGUUUCCACCCCGCGACCCCCGCGGACGCCGACAUGGGCGAGUGCGGAGCCCCCGGGGACGUCAACUCCAACGUCCUCAUCGCCCGCAGCACCGGCGACGCGCAGCUCGACAAGGCGGUGUGGCAGUGGCUGAGCUGGGACAAGCUUCACAGGGCAAUGAAGGAGAAACCAGUACUUGGCAGUCAGCCCCUGAACCUCUUGGGGUAUCCCUACCAGACAAGUCACCAGUGCAUCUGGAGCGGCUGGGGGACCCUAGGAAAGACCACAAGUCACAUUGGUGGGAACCAAAAAACAAAAGAACAGAUUGAAAGCUUGUUACAGAAUGGAAAACAUAAAGAGUUACGGGAUCGUCUCUGCUGCAGGCUGACCUUUGGGACUGCCGGGCUCCGCUCUGCUAUGGGAGCAGGCUUUUGCUACAUUAAUGAUCUUACGGUGAUCCAGUCAACGCAGGGGAUCUACAAGUAUCUUGAGAGGUGUUUUUCAGACUUUAAGCAGAGAGGCUUUGUUGUUGGAUAUGACACACGAGGUCAGGUGACCAGCAACUGCAGCAGUAAGAAACUUGCAAAGCUCACUGCAGCAGUCCUACUGGCUAAAGAUGUACCUGUAUACUUCUUUUCCACGUAUGUCCCUACACCGUUUGUGCCCUAUGCUGUUCAGCAACUCAAAGCUGUGGCUGGUGUGAUGAUCACGGCAUCCCACAACCGGAAGGAGGACAAUGGAUACAAGGUUUAUUGGGAAAAUGGAGCACAGAUCACCUCUCCUCAUGAUAAGGAAAUUAUAAAAUGUAUAGAAGAGUGCGUUGAACCAUGGAAUGGCUCUUGGAAUGAGAACCUGGUAGACACCAGUCCCAUUAGACAGGAUCCUCUGAAGAAAAUUUGUGAUUGUUACAUGGAGGAUCUGAAAAAGAUCUGUUAUCAUAGGGAGCUAAAUGUGCAAACAAAUUUGAAGUUUGUUCAUACCUCUUUUCAUGGAGUUGGACAUGACUAUGUGCAGUUGGCUUUCAAAGCAUUUGGCUUUCAGCCCCCCAUUCCAGUACCUGAACAAAAAGAUCCAGAUCCAGACUUCUCUACUGUCAAAUGCCCAAAUCCUGAAGAAGGAGAAUCUGUGCUGGAGUUGUCACUGAGGCUUGCAGAGAAAGAAAAUGCUAAAGUAGUAGUGGCUACUGAUCCAGAUGCAGAUAGACUAGCAGUGGCAGAGCAUCAGGAAAAUGGCUGCUGGAAGGUGUUCACUGGCAAUGAGCUAGCAGCUUUGUUUGGGUGGUGGAUGUUUUCUUGCUGGAAGGAAAACUGCUCUGAAGAUGCUGAUGUGAAGAAUGUUUACAUGUUAGCGACGACAGUCUCCUCAAAAAUUUUGAGGGCAAUUGCACUUAAAGAGGGAUUUCACUUUGAAGAAACACUCCCUGGUUUUAAAUGGAUUGGAAGUAGAGUAAAAGAUCUCCUAGAUAAUGGAAAAGUAGUUCUCUUUGCAUUUGAGGAGUCUAUUGGCUUCAUGUGUGGCACAUCAGUGUUGGAUAAAGAUGGUGUAAGUGCAGCUGUAGUUAUAGCUGAAAUGGCAACCUACCUGGAGGGCAAGAACCUAACACUAGCACAGAAACUCACUGAGAUAUAUGAAAUGUAUGGAUAUCACAUAUCAAAGACUUCCUAUUUCUUGUGCUAUGAUCCUCCUACUAUCAAAAGGAUAUUUGAGAAACUUCGGAACUUCGAUGCCCCUCAGUCUUAUCCAAAAUGUUGUGGUAUUUACAAUAUAUUACAUGUACGAGAUAUUACCACUGGCUAUGACAGCAGCCAGCCGAAUAAGAAAUCGGUGCUGCCAGUGAGUAAAAGCAGUCAGAUGAUCACUUUUACAUUUCAAAAUGGUUGUGUUGCCACCCUUCGGACAAGUGGAACAGAACCAAAGAUCAAGUACUACGCAGAGAUGUGUGCGCUGCCUGAACAGAGUGACAGAAGUAUGCUAGAAGAAGAACUUCAGAAGCUUAUUGAAGCUUUGAUUGAGAAUUUCCUUGAACCUGAUAAGAAUGGACUGAUCUGGCGCUCUGCUUAGAUCUCCUGUAACUGGUGUUCAAAGAAGUGACUGCCUGCACUGCGUCAUGUGAAACAAAGGAACCAAGAACAGAACUCAGUUUAAUACAUGUGUGUGUGUAUGUGUGUUAAACAGCUACAUUUUUAUUCUAUAAAGAAGAAGCAUUCUUUUGUCAGGCUUUUCACCAAAGUCUGGGCUAGAAAAUUGGGAUAAGGAGAAGAAGUGAGGGAAAAGGGUGGAAUUUAGUAUUAUAAUUUUCUGUCCUUUUGACCAAAAGACUCAUUAACCUGCACCAAUGCAAAUGAACUGCCCUAGUAGGUUUAAGGCAGCUAGCUGAUCUUAGCCACUAGAUCUUGUCUUAAACUAAUUUCAGGUACUCAAUACCUUUUGUGUGAAAAGGUUUUUAAAAUGGGGUAGUUGCAGUGCUUGAAAGAAGUGAUCACUGCAAAAAAGCCUGCUUCUUCCUAGCUGUUGUGCGUGAAUGUAGGUAUCAUUGUCACCGGUCUUAAUUUCCAAAAAUGUUGAAGUAGAGUUCAGUGCUUAGCAUUUCUUGUUUAGGCAAGUUGUUCAAUAUGACAUUUUUCAGCUACUUAAGUAUCCUUCUGUUGUUAAAGGUGCUCUUGGUGCAUUGUAUCUUUCCUGUGUGUAUCUUAAAAUAUUUACUUGACAGUGAAACAAUAGUGGCAACACGUGCAGUUCCACUUGCAGUCUGGGUUUUGAAUUAUGUAGUGCCUUUCCAAGGCUUCCAGAGGAGUAUAAACUUGUUCAUUCCUUGGUUAAAUUGCCCAUGCUAAGUACCAUAGGCCUUGUAACCAUUUUUUUUAUCCUGCAUCUCCAAAGGGUCGUAAGCUUUUUUUUUUAAUAAAGGUUUCAGAAAUUCAGUAACUUUGAAUGAAAAUUCCAGCUAGUGACUGUUUUGGUUUUGAUAGCUUGAAUUCAUACUGUCUGUGUAUUUAAAAAAAAAAAAGGGAGGGUGGGAAAGUGGAGGUGUGACACUGACACCAUUGAUUAGUUUUUUUAGUUACUAAAUCAUGAUUUUUUUUUGGUCAUGUCUUGUAAGCUAAUUUCUGUUAGAAUAGCGGUUUGCAAAUACUAUUUAUCUUCUAGGGCAAAUUUUUAACAUCUUCCCAUUAUCUGUUUCGUACCAUUGCUUGAGUAGAAAGUGAUACUGUUAAUCACUUUUUCCAAAAAAUAGACUGAUACAGAAAUUCUCAUGUAGAUAUCUAGGAUUUCAGAAAAUAAAAGCUGUGUUUUGGCAGAGAAAAGCUGUGGAAGAUACUUUAACUGAAACAACACUUCAAGAAAAAUUGCAUAUUGAUUAACUGAGAAUAACACUUGUUAAUGUGUGCUACAAAAUUGUUAAUAUUCAGAAUAAAGUCAGUGAUGUUCUGGACACCUCCCUGCUAUCACUUUACAGUAAUUAAAUAAAAGAAAUAGGUAAGACUGGACACUUAGCAGUAUUGAAGGUUACGUGACAAGACCCUAAGAUGCACUUAAGUUAAAGCCAUUGUUUUGCCACUAUUGUUAAAUCUCUAGAUUUGUCCUCCAUCUUAUUAUACCCUUACAGCUUGAUGCCAUAGGAUUGUGCAGAGUGUUGUUGUAUGUGUUGCAUCUAGAUGGCUUUAAAGAGCACCAAGGUUUCCGUGUCUGUGCGGGUAUUGGGUAUUUCAUGCUGACAGAAGCUUUGCACUAUAACCGUGGAUAAGUAUUUUGCUGUAUAUGAAUGUACAUGUACUGCAGAAGGUCUGUGUUGCACAAAUUCUUAUUUGCCACUGAUUCUUAUUUAUUUAAGUUAAGAGAAAAUAUUUCCAAAUUGUUCUGCAAUUGAGUGAAAUGUAUCUAAUGCCAAAAAAAACUUUUUUUUUUCUUGAUUGUACAUUUGACUGAUGUGGUGGGGAAAAUAGGUAAAAGCAUUUACACUUAGAGUAUACUCAUGUUACUGUACGGCGCUGGGUAGGUCUCAGAAGGUGUGAAGGCAUUUCUGACUGCUGCUUUGUCUCCAGUUUUCAUGAAAAAGUGCAGAUCUGGAUCCCAACUGCACUGAAUUUGAAGAAGGUCUUGACGUUUGUUCCACUGGCAGCAGAUUAAAGCCUUAGGCAUUUUGGAUUUUGUUUUUAAAUGGCCUACUAGUAGUACAGAAGAGAGUACUUGGAAUAUAAUUCUGAACAAAGGUAAACACUGUAAAAAAGCGUAGUGUAUGUGAUGAGGCCAGCUGUGUGUAUAUUGUAGCAGUUAGCAUUAGGAGUUAUGUCUUGUGAGUUAUGUUUGUGUUCCUACAGAGAGCAGGAAUCUGCAAUUUCCCAGAGAGAUCUGCUUUAUAUCAGUAGGCAAGUGUUAUAAAUGCAGUAUGGAAGAAAAUAGUGAUUAUGUUUUCAAAUCAGCAUUCUUAGAAGUUGGUAACUGUUCAUAGUCUGAAUAUCUUUAAUUAAAAAAAAAAACCAAAUAUGAGGAGUUAAGUAUCUGGGAUUCUUCUCGUCGAUAGAUUUGAGCAGUAAGUUAUAGAUGUAGUAGUGCUUUUGGAAUGACAGCAACAGGCACAAUGUGUUGAAUGUAUUCUAAGGGUAUAAUAACUAUUGCUGUUUUUAAACUGCUGCUACUGUUGUUUUCCUACUGUAUUUGAACUGUUUGAUAUAUUUAUACUGUUCCAUUUGUGGAACUCCUCCUUUAUCUCCUCCCUCUGAUCUUGCUUCCCUUACUUCUGUUACUGUGAAGGACUGUAAUUCUCUUACUUCAUCACCCUGUAACUUUGUUAUACCUCGUGUUAGAGUUUGUUGGGCUUGUGCACAACCUUCUUUCAGUUGUCGGCUGUUCUUUACUACUUUUCAGAUAAGAACAAAGGCUUUUCAAACUUGAGUAGGAAGCAGAUAAUAGAUCAAAGUACGCUGUGGAUGGUGUUUACUAGGUGCUUCCAGUUAAAAUAUGCCUUUUCAAAGGCUGGUCUACAGCAAGUCACUUGCUUUAAACUGCAAUCAUACAGCCAAUGAUUUGUUUUUAGCAUUUGAUAAAAUUAGGAGGGCUUGGUUUUGUCUCUUCCUUUUUUGAUGUGACAGACUUAAUCUCUGUCUCACUCAGCUAUAUGGUAAAGUUGUGUUUCCGUGGGGCCUAGGACAGGACCUUUGUAAGUACAGGAGGCUUGCCAGGCCAGGUUGAAUAUCUACAAUACAGACCUUGUAGCUGAAUUUUUUCUUCUAGUUGUGAUACAGCAUCCAGUCUGUGGAUUAAAUAGCUUCAAGUGCUCUUCAUGUCUCUCCUCCUGCAUCUCUAAAGGAUGCUUUCUGCCAUGGCAUGAGUGAACCACAGACUCUUGCGUGGAAGAGAAGGAGGGAACGUGUGUAACAUGAGAGAGUUUGACUGGAAGCUUCAAGCACAACUCUAGCUAUAGGCCAACACAGCAGAGCCCUGGCUUUGUUUGCUGUUGGCGUGGUGUCCUGUUCAGGUGGCAAGCCAGUUCUGUUUCACUUGCCCUUCCCUCCACUUGCAUCCCCAGCAGGUUUCCCUGGGGCUGCAGGAGAACUAGGAGCUUGCCUGAGUAUGUCUCCUCAUUUCCUUAAUUUUAAAUACCCAGCUCUUCCUUCUAAGGAGGGGAAAUACUCACAUCAUCCACAGAGUAAAUUAAGGAUUAAAAUUCUAUGUGUUCCUGUUUCAGUCAUUGAGGUGAGUUACAACAUGCUGUACACACUGCCUGGGGCUCCUAUACGUGCCUUGGGCAGUUCUUGACUGAUCUCAAGCUGUUGCUGUAUCUCUGCUUGGAGGAUACCUGCAGCUUGAAAUUUCUGGCGUUAUUCCCUGAUUUAGCAGUACUCAGGUAAGCACUCUGUCCCCCCCUCUCUGCCUGGCUCCUGAAGUAUUAGGGAUUUCAGCUCCUGUUUUAUUAAAGGGAGUGUGUUUGUGUGAAACUAUCAGAGUAUUGAGGGAGAAGCCACAAGGUGGAAUGAUGGUUUUGGUCGUUUGGGGCAGGGUGGGACGUGUGGUCUGCUUUAGAAAGCACUUGGAUGUUCUCUUUAAUUUAAAAACUAGUAUUGUCAUCACUUUGUUUUGUCUUUCCCACCCCUUUUUGCCCUCUUCUCCCCCCAAGUAAGAGAGGGGGGGCUCUUUGCAUGGUGAUGCCUGGGUGGUUAGAGUCCAUCUUGAUAACCAGGACAUUUUCCAUCCUCCCUUGCCCUUUGCGUGCUCAAGAGUAGCUUUGUACGAGGUGAUUGAAGUAUCUGAAGUUGCAUCGUUCUCCUUGUCUAGAAUCCUGGGGAGUUCUGGAGCUGUACUCUUGUUUACCCAAUGUCUGUUCUUCCGUAAAACUAGGGCAUAUUACAAAUACAGAGUGAGAAUUUGCACUUUUCUGAAGAAUUUUUGUGUGUAUUGGUAUGUGGAUUUAGCUGAAUGAAGUGUUAUAAGUAAUAAAAUAUUCUCUUCGUAGUAGCAA